AUGUUCACUUCAAUCACGCAAGAUUUCUUCUCUUCAACAACAUUUCACACAAUCAUUUUACCAAUUCUACCAAUUCUACUGCUGACUUUGAUUCUCACCAUACUCUAUUGGAAACAAAGAACAACCACUUUUCACUCUAGAAAAUUAUCAACAUCUUCAACAAUUCAAUUAAAUUCUUUCAUUUCCGAUGGUGAACAUCCAAAGAUACUCAUUGAAGAAGACAAUGAUCAACCACCACGUGAUGAUGACAAUGACGAUUAUUUUACAAAGAUGCAUACGAGUGCAAGUUAUAGUCCUACUACUACUACUACUACCACUACCACUACAACGAAUUUGAAAGACAAUGAACAUCCACACAUCAUGGUGGAUCAAGACAAUAACCAUCACACUCCUCUCUCAUCAUUUCAUUCUUCAUUUAAACUUUUAAAACAUUUUAAAGAGAAUGCAAGGAUCACUCAAUUACUGGCUAACAAAUAUGAUGAAUUUUUACAAUUAAUUCAACAUCUCGAUGAAAAGUAUCGAAUCGAACAACAACAACCUCAUGAUGAUGAUCAUUCAACCACAUGCAUGUGUGAAGUCAAUUCUCUCGAGACCACAAGUGAAGGCACUUUUUCUCUCGAAUCAAGUUCUGCUGAACCAAUGAUAUCAUUAUUUCAAACUCAACAUUUAUCAGAACCAUUAUUUCAAACUCAACAUUUAUCAGAGAUUAUAAACUUGCAAUCAUGGAUACGUGGAACUCAUACAAGAAAAUUCGGUACACUCUCGUAUAUGUGUCACAUUUUCAUUCCAGCACUCAUUGCACAACACGUGAGAAGGAAAUAUUUUCAUGACUUGAAUUCAGUAGUACUACGAGUGAAUAUCAUUCAAGCGUGUGUGAAGGGAUAUCUCACGAGACGAGAACGUGUUCAUUUAUUCCAUGGAUGCAGGAAAAUGAAAUUACUUGAGAAGGCCAUGACACUUGUAAAAGAGUCUACAAUAUUCUUGAAUGAUGGUAAAAAUAAUUUAAAUAAUAUUAUUCAUCAAAAUAUGGAGAUCCAUGAUAAUAAUAUUGAGAAUAUGAAUAAUAUUGAAAAUAAUAAUAUUGAGAAUGGCAGUAUUGAGAUCAAUGAUGAUAAUAUUGAAAAUGAUGAUAAUAUUGAAAAUGAAAAGAUUGAAAAUAUUCCAAGUGAAAUGGAGAUUUAUAUAAAUACUAGUCAAGAGUCUAUGGAUGUGAGUGAAAUGAAACAAGAAAUUCAAAAAGACAUUCAUGACAUCACCAUUCAUGACACAACUACUACUACUACUUCUCACUCGACACUUGAAACCCAUCUUGAUUUAGAAUUAUUAUCCUCUUCAUCAAUCAUACAAGCCUUGUAUCGAGGACAUUACACACGACAUGAAUAUUCUCAACAUGUUCAACUCAUUCAACAUGUACAGUCUUGUCUUGAAUCUCUUUACCAUCAAUUGGAAUUGAAGAAGAAUAUAUAUCGACUUGUUCUCUUACAAGCACUCGUUCGAAGUCAUGCCUGCAAAAAGAAAGAAUAUCAUACGACGACAUGUAUUCUCUCAUUCAUUCAAGCCUCAUAUAUACGAAAGAAAUUUCAAAAAGAAUUACAAGAGUUGAAACGAAAGGCUUUUAUUCAAAGAGAAGAAGAAGUGAAAGAACAUAUUAAUGACACUAGUCAUUAUACAGCUACGAUUACUUCUACUAUAGAAACUAUCAACCAACAAGUAGUGUCUACUUGCACGACUAUCAACAACAACAACGUGAUGAUGGAUAUUUCUAGUACUACUACUUCUACUGCUAGUACUACUACUACUCCAAUAAUGGAAAUUCAUGACAGAACAGAUGGUGAUGAUGGUUUAGAUACUAUUGCUAUGAGUAAUGGUAGUAGUGAUCAAAUUCUCCCUUCCAUUCCUGACAUGAAUGUUGAUUCCAUUCAAGAAUCCACUAAGAGUCUUCUAACACCACCAAUUUUUGAGGAAACAACUAGUGAUCAUGUUAACACUUUGCAUAAUGAUCAUAAUAAUAAUAAUACUAUGACUAGUACUACUACUACUACUAGUUCCUCCUUAAUCAUGAUUGAGAAAUCUCAAAGUGAAUCAUUCAUCAAUGAUAAUCACACUACUGACUCAAUGAAAGGAACUAUAACAACAAUGGCAAUCCCUCAUAAUCAUGAUGAUGAUGUUGACACAAUCUCACCACCAUCAUCCACUGAUGACACAAUCCAAGAGAAUGACACACCAUCAACAGAUCUCCAACCAACCACAUUAAUCUCUACUCACAAUGGUCAAGUUGAGGAGAUUGGUAAGGUUGAUGAUGAUGAGGAGAUUGGUAUGGUUGUUGAACAACAAGAAGAAGCAUCUCAAACAUGUAAAGACUCAACGACAAGUAUAGAAGAGAAGACUAGGGAAGAGAUUGCUCAGGAAGAUACUACUCGUACAAAUGAUGGUGAUGAGAAUGGUCUUGAAAAAUUCUCUUCCAUGUCAUCAUCAACGAUGCUGAUCGACCACAACAUUGUUGUCACUGAUACUACUACAAGUACAUCGUCCAAUGAAAGUAAUGAUGAUACUACCAUAAGGACCUCCUUAAAUGUAGGUAUUGAGGAGAACACGAAUCCUUUUCAAGAGAAUGAUACAUUUCAACAACUACAACAACAACAUGAAGAAAAGAAGCAUGAAUAUGAACAAUGUAUGGAUUUGAAAAAAUUAACAGAGAUUUUGAAACAACAACAACAAGAAUCACAACAGAACAUGAUGGAUACUGAACAUUCAUUGCAAUCAGAAUUAACGAGUACACAGGAAUUUAGUAUCAUUGAUACUUUACAAGUGAAAAAACUUGUCAUUCAAGUAACACCCAGAACAGUAGUAAUGGAUCAAACUUGUACAAACUUGAAUGAGCAACAAGUUGUAUCAACGACCAAACAUCAUCACUCAUCGAAUCCCAUUCAUUUAUUCAUCUUCCUUCUUUCAAAUCGUGGAAGUUAUCGUAAUGUGGAAAUAUUUAAGGACAAGGCUGUGCAUAAUCAUGGAUUGACAGACAUUCGUUUAUCAUGUGAUCCUCAAACUAUGAGAAUUAAUGAAAGUGAUGAUCAUGCAAUGAGUUCAUCCAGUGAAACUUGUCUUGACAGCACAAAUCAUCAUUUGCUAUCUUUCACUGUAGUGUUUGAAGAAUUGUCAACCGUAUAUGAUAAGAUUGUAUUCGGAGUGUGUUGUGAGAAUGGUUCUGAAGUUACAAGAAUGUUGUUGUUGAACCCAGAGUCGUCUUCGAGUACAAGCCAAAAUAAUUCAUCAUCCACCACUUUAUCAGAAUAUGAUUUGAAUGUGGUGUUUAAAGAAGAGAAGAGUGAAGAAGAGAAUUGUCUCCAUCAACCAUUCAUCACUCGUUUUAAACCAUUUACAAGUCAGGAAACUAUUGAAAAACACUCAAAAUAUGUUUUUUUCACUAUUGGAGCGUUUUUGAGAGAGCAUCACACGCAAUGGAAGUUUCAACCUCUUUCGAUCCAUCAUGGGCAAGCUGAAUUGAAAGUCCAUAACAUUCAUGACAUGUUGAAUAUUUAA